ACCGAAUGAAAUUGAUCCGGAACAAACCCAAACCACAGCAACAAUGAGUACUCCCAUCGUCUCCAAAAAGAUGGUGGGAAAAGACCGAGCCGCGAAGACGAAGACAGGCGGCAGGAGCAAAAACAUUGGCGGCAAAARGGGCGCCGGAACGGGCCUCAACGAUUGGUUCAUUGCCAUUUUUGGUGUAGCCUUUGUUGUCAGUUUCUCGCUGAACGUGAUGCAUCUGACCAUGAGCCCCGCAAACGACGACACCAAUGACAUUGGUGGUAAAGGGCACUCCACCAAGAAGGAGGCGGCGCGGGCCGCUCUGAUGCGUACACUGAAGGAUUUCAGAGACUCGAGAGAAAAACGCAAGCGGCGCAUGGAUGAAUUACGCGCUAAAAAAAAUUCGAUAAACCAGCACGAGGAKCCCGAUGAACUUAUGGAUCUCGAAUACGGUGCUCAUGGAGCUGGGAGUGAUGYGAUGAAACUGGCACACCUGAAUUGCAAGCCCUGGGGCGUUUCUGACGACAUCGCUCAGGAAAUGGUCUAUUGGCAAGACAUUCCAACGGAUUCUUCUUAUGUUCCUCCCUUCUACGAAAUCAAUCAUCGACCCGGGACCGAAAGACGGUACAUGACUUUUGAACCUGACGGUGGGGGCUGGAACAACAUCCGCAUGGCGAUGGAAUCGACAAUUGCCAUUGCGGUCGCAACGGGUCGCACGCUGGUGAUGCCGCCCCAAAAGAAAAUGUACCUGCUGGGACAAAAUAAKGGAGGACAGAAGCACCACUUCAAUUUUGUCGACUUUUUUCCCAUUGAACGCAUGGCGCAGGACAACAAGGCGUUCGAGGUCAUCAGCAUGCAAGAAUACCUCGAAGAAGAAGGSAUGAAGGGGAAACUGAUCAAUAAGGUACGUACGUACGUAAUACAGUGGUGUUUUCUACAACUUUUCGUGCCUGCUAUGCGGUGGAAAUGAAGCUGUAGAGCAGACGUGUACAAUACCAUAUAYCGAGUGCAGUGGCCACAUUGAUUGAGUUGCAAUUUUCGAAAAGACACGAAAAUUCACGCGCGUGUGUGUUUGACUCAUCUUCCUACUUCCACCACAAUGCUCUGAAACGACCCCCCUUUGCCAUGCAAUGUUWUAUUUUUGYCUCUAGGAAACGGGAAAACCUGAAUUCCCUCCAGGGAAUCGAACYGAUUGGGAUAACAUAAACCAAGAAGAGUAUGAUGAAAUGCGGUAUUAUCUUCGCAGGGUAAGUCAUACACUGGAAUGGCGACCUCCCGAUUGCCUCCCGGCCUUUCCUUCCUCCGGCGACCACAAAGACGUCGAAAUUCUACAAAAGCUGGCUUUGGAAGUAAAGAAGCCAAAGGGUCGUGUAAGUACCCAAGAAUUGUUUCGGGUCGAUGACCCCAAUCCCCGACCACGAUUGGAGGGAUCUCUCUCGGGACGAAAGUCCUUAUGCGUAUACGACGAGGGAGAUCAAAACGAAAAGGUUAUUCACUUCCAAAUGAACCACAAAGAAAGACUACGGUUGUUGGUACAUUUUUAUGCAUUCUUGUUUUUCGAAGACUGGCGCGAAGACUUGUGGAUGAAACGAUUUGUWCGGGAUCACUUGUACUACAACGAUCAGAUUCAGUGUGCCGCUGCUAAUAUUGUGGACAAAAUUCGCACCCGCAAGGCUGAAGCAACGAAAGGCAAAAGCAGGGACUUUAUCACGUUCCACGUCCGGCGCGGUGACUUUCAAUUCAAGGACACGCGCAUUAGUAUCGAAGAUAUUAUGGAAAACACAAAAGAUCUUUUGCCUCCAGAUGCGCUCAUUUUCAUUGCUACAGACGAGCGAGACAAGGGAUUUUUCGCACCCAUGAAGAAGAAGUAUGAUGUGCUAUUUCUAGACGAUUUCAAGGAGGAGCUGAAAGGAGUYAACUGUGAGUAGAUGUGAUUGCCGGCUGAAGAUCGUGUAAUUGUUCCAGCYAACUGGUCACGUUUGAGCUUAUCUAUCAGAGGCUCGUUGUUGAAUGGACUUUUCGAUAUCUAAAUUGAUGCUGAUUUUCUUCUCCUCCYCUAUUCCUCCUCUUUUCAGCCAACUAUUUCGGUAUGAUUGAUCAGUUGGUAGCAAGCCGAGGAAGUAAAUUUUUCGGUUGCUGGCACAGCACCUUCACGUCAUAUAUUAUGCGACUAAGGGGGUAUCAUUCUACCAAGGAUAAGGCAGAAGGAUACGAGCAAGGCAUUCUGCCCACGACGUACUAUUACACACCGAAAAAGAAUCAGUUGGAAAUGCACCAUUACAGUCAYAUUCAGGGCGCUUUCUUUAACCGCGAAUUUCCGGCGAGUUGGAGAGAUAUUGAUAAAGGAAUAGAAGAAUUGGGAUCCAAAUCGCGCCAGAGCUAAUUGGUAUACAACACAACCUCCCCCCCCCUCCCCCGGGAUAAUUUUGAAGCAGUUUUGUAUUUCAUCAAAAACCAAUACGAAAAAGCGCAUUCCUGUUUCAUGAGAACCUAUUGCCGUAACAGUUUCCGUUGGAGUACAAUAUGUUCCUGCUUUGCCUCUUUAAAGACYGAAGCAAUAGUCUAAUUUAUGAUAAUAUGCUACUUGUAGAUACAAGUGAGUACGGUCAAAUUUGUUCUCCUCCGCAUUCCUGUUUCGAGCAUAGAAAACAAUGAACCACAUUCAAAAUU